CUUCCUCUAGCGUUCCGUCGUCGUCUUCUUCUUUCUCUUCUGGUUUUCCUGCAAAAAUCCGUGGAAGAAGAGAUCGAGAUUCGUCAGCGAUGGGGAUAUUGGAUGCAGGAGUGAGAAUCGCCGCGAGGUUCAAUUCUCACUGCCCUCAGACGUCGAGGAUGUACUACCAUCCUCCUCCGCCGCCUCCGCCGCCGAAACAGGAUGAUUCGGCGAAUCGCCGCCCCGACGCCGGAGAUGCUUCCGGUAAGAACUGUGGCGCGGCUGGUACGCUCUUCUCCAAGGCGGCCGCAGGGAUCGAUCCGGCUCAUUUCAUUCUCUAUACUGUUUGAAUUUAAUGGAUCCAUUGCAAAGCCAUAUCAUUUUUUGAAUUAAUUGUUAGAUCGAGCGUCACAUUCAUUGAAUAUUGUUCGUCCUUUAAUUGGAUCUGUACUCGAAUCAUCAUUUUUGCUUGAAUCUAUUCAUUGAAUCG